GAGGGAGCCGACAGCGGUGGCAGUAGCUGGCUAUCUCUGCUGCAGGGAUCUUGUCAGGAGAGGAGCUCCACCAGUGUGUAGAGCAGCCCUGCACAGCCCCAGGGCUGUAGCUAGAAGCAGACACACAGACCUGCCGUCCACAGCAACCUGCCGAGGAUCACCCCAGACAGGAGGGAGAGGGUGACGGGCAAUCACAAUGGAAUAGAGAGGAGGAGAGAGGAGAAGAGGCACUCGUCGUCUUCAUGGACACAGGGAACUUUCCGCAGUGUGCUGGACUCUCCACGAUGGUCUGCAUUCUACCGCUUCCCAAGCCACUCAAUUAUUCAUCUCUUCCUUCUGGUCUGACGGCAGAACACAACUUUUCCUUUUAGAAGUUUGCGAGACGGAGGGCUGGGUGAAGAGGACAGUGGCAGAUCCGCUCCAGUGACACCCCAGGGGCCCAGUUGACCCCUGUCUCUGAGUCAGCAUGGCUGGCUGUACCUGCCGUUGUAGACAGGGGCUACUCAAGUUCAUCCAGUCUUUACGCAGACUCGUCUCUGGGACCCUAACAAAAGACAAGAUUGAUGAUGAAUUGGAGAUGACCAUGGUGUGUCACAGACCUGAGGGCCUGGAGCAGUUAGAGGCCCAGACCAACUUCACCAAGAGAGAGCUACAGAUCCUCUACCGAGGCUUCAAGAAUGAGUGUCCGAGUGGAGCGGUGAAUGAAGAAACGUUCAAACACAUCUACGCCCAGUUCUUCCCCCACGGAGAUGCUAGCACUUACGCUCAUUAUCUUUUCAACGCGUUUGACACGACGAGCAAUGGGUCCAUUAAGUUUGAGGAGUUUGUAAUGGGACUGUCUACACUGCUGCGCGGCACUGUAAGAGAGAAGCUGGAGUGGACUUUUCACCUUUACGACAUCAACAACGACGGCUACAUAAACAGAGAGGAGAUGACAGAGAUUGUGAGGGCCAUAUACGACAUGAUGGGGAAAUACACUUACCCUGCAAUCAAAGGAGAUGUCCCUAAACAGCAUGUGGAUGCUUUUUUCCAGAAAAUGGAUAAAAACAAAGACGGAGUUGUGACUCUAGAGGAGUUCAUUGUUGCAUGCCAGGAGGACGAAAUGAUGAUGAGGUCCAUGCAACUCUUUGAAAAUGUCAUGUGAGGAGAAGCUGACAGAAGACAGGAAAGAGGUGUUGGAAAAGAAAGAGACAGAUUACCUUACAACGGUGUUACAACGGUGUUACAACGGUGUUACAACAGUGUUACAAAGGUGUUACAACGGUGUUACAACAGUGUUAUAAUGCUGUUACAAUGGUUUUACAACAGUGUUACAAUGCUGUUACAAUGGUUUUACAACAGUGUUACAAUGGUGUUACAACGGUGUUACAAUGGUGUUACAAUGGUGUUACAAUAGUGUUACAACGGUGUUACAACAGUGUUACAACGGUGUGCGCGCGCGCAUGCAGGCGUGCCAGAGUGUAUGAAUGUGUAUCUCUGUCUCUCUCGACCUGUCAUCUCAUCUAGCGUUCAUGUUCUUGCCAAACAAUGUCUCUGCCUGACAACCUGCCUGAGUAGGGAUCAGACGGAUCAGACAGAAAUCCCCGGAUAACCAGCCGAGCAAACCCUGGACUUGUCGUAUUUCCGAGCCAGGGGCGUAUGUGGACGAAACUAGCUGGAUUAUUGUUUCAGCCUUUUUACGUGACACUUGCUCAUACAUCACAUACUGGAGUGUGAUUCAGCUGAGGGAACUACGACCUAGACGUCGCUCGUUGCUUUAUGUGGAAUACCCCGACGCACCUGUAAUAAAGAGAAAGUACAACAGGCCGCUGUGUUUGUUCAACUGUCCCUUGCCAAAAUAGAUGCAUGCUUGAGCCAGAGGGAUCCCUCCCUGCCAUAGAAAUAGAAAAAUCAUUUGACAUCUAUGCGCCCUACCAACCAUUUGCUUGACCAGGACUUGGACCUUUAACCUCUGAAUUUAACUCAUGCAUCCAGUGAUCGAUUUAUCGUCCGAUAUGAUCUAUUUAUCUGCUUAUUUAUUCCUGUGUUUAUGCUAGAAAUAUGAGGUUCUCCUACUGUACGUGUUCUGUUCUCACUGCUGCCAUGAUCAAUUGUUUUGGCUGUUGCUCUCUUGUCUAAUACUUUAACUGUUUACCUGUCCCUGUCUGCUGUCUAUCAUUGUAUACUUGCAAAUACACUCAAUAGACCUUGAUUUAGGACUACCAUGCUACAUGGCCUUUUAAGUGGGAUGGAUCUAACUGGUGAUGGUAAAUGACCAUCUGCGUAAUGUAAUGUGAAUGGCUUUGAUCACUGGUGUUGUGUCUUUUCCGUUAAAGCGUAUGUUUGUUGUGUCUAAAACGAGGCCGGAAAUGAAGUAGCUGUGGAUAUGACUUUGUCAAGAGCUUCAGGAAGCUUCUACGCAUGUGCGGAUCACCAAGAACUUGUACAAUAUUACAAAGAAUAAGUUACCUCUCUCAGAUGUCUGAAAAUAAUUAUACUGUUAUGCUUUUUGUCUAGCUAAUGUUUGUUUUUUUGCGCUAGUGCUAAGUGAAUCCCAAACUAACCCCUUGCCCCUGCCAAUUUUCUCCAUGGUCAAUUGUUGCUGAUGUUCAGAGGACUUCAAGGCAAAGCCAAGAAGAUCAAUAAAGGUAUCAUCUUUGGGACACACUUGUGACAUCAAUGAUGCAAAUCAUGUUCUACUGUUAGAUAGUAUAUUGAGCAUGACAUUUCAAUUGUUAAGUCUCUCAUAUUGUUUCUAAAUAAAUAAACCUUGUUAACAGUUAA